UCAUGCCGUAGCAAGGUGAAGGAAGAUUUGAAGGAAGAUUUGUAGGAAGAUUUGUGUAUAAUGUCGUCUGACAGCUGCUCAUCUGAUGCCUCAGAUGGAUGUUAUGAUAAAGAUCUCGCCUUGAAACUCAGAAUUGGAGCUCUGAUCUCAAUUCUGAUAGCGAGCGCAAUAGGAGUGAGUUUCCCCAUAAUUGGCAAGAGUUACAAGGCUUUGAGACCACAGAGGGACAUAUUCUUCAUAGUCAAGGCAUUUGCAGCAGGAGUGAUUCUUGCCACAGGAUUUGUCCAUGUUUUACCCGAUGCAUUUGAAUCUCUAACCAGUGAAUGCCUCAAGGAGAACCCAUGGGCUAAAUUUCCCUUUGCAGGAUUUAUUUCAAUGGUGGCAGCCAUGCUCACUUCUGUCAUAGACUACAGCGCUACAGCGUUUUACGAGAGGAUCGCUAGAACUGAACAAGAAGGGCACAAGCAAGAUCAUGACAGCACUGAUCAUCAUGAUAAUGGUGUAACUCAUGUACCAGUUCAUUCUCAUGUUCAUACCCAUGAAGAGUUAGAAGCUGGGAACACUAAACUUCGCCAGCGCGUGGUUUCACAGGUAUUAGAGGUGGGCAUUGUGGCACAUUCGGUGAUAAUUGGAAUAGCACUAGGAGCAUCAGAAGUUCCCUGCACCAUAAGGCCUUUAGUUGCUGCUCUUACAUUUCAUCAAUUUUUUGAAGGCAUGGGUUUAGGCUCCUGCAUAGCUCAGGGGGGUUUCAAGAUGAAGGCUGCAAGCUUUAUGGCAUUAGCAUUUUCAUUCACAACACCUGUUGGAAUAGUAGUGGGCAUUGGCAUAUCUUCUACCUACAAUGAAAACAGUCAGACGGCUUUGGUGGUUCAAGGCUUGUUUGAUGCAGCUUCUUCUGGAAUCCUCAUAUAUAUGGCCUUAGUUGAUCUCAUGGCUGCAGAUUUUCUUACACCACGCAUGCGCAAAAACCCUGGUCUUCAAAUGUGGUGUUAUGCGGCACUGUUCCUUGGAGCAGGGGCCAUGGCUUUGCUCGCUGUAUGGGCCUGAAAUCAGACUCACUGUUUUUUCAGUUUAGUUUUGACAUUUCAAGAACAUUAAUAUAUCUAUCUCUAUCUUGUCUUUUGGAUAAUGAGGACUUUUAAUCUAAUUCUUAGAGUAAAGAAAA